UCCGCCCUGGGCGGCUGCGGCGCCGCCAUGGAGCUGCCCCAGGGACGGCUGCUGGCGGUCAGCGACGAGCUGGACGGGGCCGAGCUGGCGGCGCUGAAGUUCCUCUGCCGGGACCACGUGCCCUGGAGAAGGCUGGAAGCCGUCCGGACCCCUCACGACUUGUUCGAAGCGCUGCAGGAGAAGGGCUUGCUGGAGCCGGGAGACCUGGCCUUCCUCAGGGAGCUGCUCUACCGCAUCGGGCGGAUCGACGUCCUGGUUGCCCACCUGGGCUCCAGCCGGGAGCAGGUGGAGAGGGAGCUGCGGGCGCCGGGCGGGGCGCGGGUGCCGCCCUUCAGAUACUUGCUCUUUCAGCUGUACGAAGAUGUCACCGAAGAUGAGCUGAUGUAUUUCAAGUUACUUUUGGGCAACAAAUUGCCAAAAAGCAAGCUAACCCAUGAGACUACAAUGCUUGACAUUCUCACUGAGAUGGAGAAGAAGGGCCUUCUGGGGAAAGACAACUUAAGUAUGCUGAAGAGUCUCUGUGAAAAAAUUAACAUCAGCCUGUGGAACAGAAUUGAAGAUGGAUUAAAGCUGUUUGGCCAAGAAGAAAUGCUCAUCACAGAGGAACAGAGGGUCAGCACAGGAUACCCUGAGCGACAUCCGGUGUCAUCUGUAGCACCUGGUCCUCCUGGCAGUUUUAAUGACUCUUCCCAGCUGCUUGAAGCUUACAAAAUGACCAGCCGACCCUGUGGAGUGUGCCUGAUCCUGAAUAAUCACAAUUUUGCAAAAGCUAGAGAAGGAGUGCUGGAACACAAACACAUGAAGGAUCGGAAUGGGACAGACGUGGAUGCAGCGGCUCUGAGGAAUGUCUUUAGCAAGCUUCAUUUUACAGUAGAAGAAUGUAGAGACCUCACUGCAGAAGAAAUCCGUGAGACUGUGAACAUCUUCCGGAGUGCAGACCAUGAGGACAAGGACUGUUUUGUUUGCUGUAUCCUGUCUCAUGGGAAAAAAGGCAUUAUAUAUGGUGUUGAUGGGCAGGAAGUACCUAUCAGGGAACUGACCACUUCUUUCACUGCACAGAAUUGCAAUUCACUUGCUGGAAAACCAAAAGUUUUUUUUAUUCAGGCCUGCCAAGGUGAUGCUUUCCAUCAAGGUGUGACCAUCGAAACAGAUUCUGGAGAGCAAGAUUCUUCUGUGGAGCGAGAUGCGAGGCUUCAGCUCGAGUGCAUCCCUGCAGAGGCAGACUUCCUCCUGGGCAUGGCCACCCUGCAGGAUUACGUCUCCUACAGAAGUCCCAAGGAGGGAACCUGGUACAUACAGGCACUGUGCCAGCACUUGGAGUACAGCUGUCCUCGAGGGGAAGAUAUUCUCACCAUCCUGACAGCAGUAAAUCAAGAAGUGAGCAGAAAAACUUGUGAGCGGGGCACAAAGAAGCAGAUGCCACAGCCCAGUUUCACCCUGAGGAAGAGGCUCAUCUUUCCUGUCAACUAAAUGGGAGGCAACUGCAUGCCAGAGAGAGCCGCUGCAGCCUGGAAUUGGCUGGUUUCAGAAUUCAGUCAAACACAACAGACUUUCAGUGCCUGCUCUUAGCACAAUGGCAGAUAUUUUUAAUUUUAUCUACAGCUAAGGAGAAAAAGCCUUAAGACAUUUGUAUUGAUACAUUAAUUUGUAUUAACACUUUAUACGUGAGAGCAUCUCUGAGCUGGUCUCUGAUUUAUUUAGCUGAUCUCUCUCAGUGGUUUGCUGGCAAAAAUCUACUUGGUGUUCUCUUAUCAGCUGUACCACAUUGCUUUUGCUUUCAUAAGGUAUUUUAAGGCAACUUUUAGAAGACAACCAUUAUAAAGCUUUGUGUACUUUAUGACUAACCUUUGCAAAAUAAAGGGAGGAGUGCUGUAAAUUUUAUAGGAUAUAA